GUUCAAUGGCCGACGGUCAUCACAUGACAACACGGGUCGUCGUCGUUUUUUGCCUUCACACAUUCGUUUCGCCGUCUGGUUAAAUAUCCACCGUCGGCGAGGAUCGGUUUAUUCGGUAUAUUCCAAAGUGACGACCGAAUAAGACGAUCGACCAUCGACGAGAUUAGUACCAAUCUCGAUUCAAUACGAGGGUGUUUUCUAUCGGGUAGAACGAGGUAACGAGACCAAAGAUGAGGGCGUAUUUGGGAUACACGUUCGCUGGCACCGCCACGGCAACCAUCACCGUCUUAGUUUUGUAUCACGUAUUGACUGGCAAGGGAGAGCGAAUCAGUCUAGCAUGGUUCCUUGAAGAAACCUCCCCAUACAUGUGGGCAACCACUGGCAUUGGUUUGACUGUUGCUCUGUCCGUCGUAGGAGCUGCAAUGGGGAUUCAUACCACCGGAACAUCAAUAGUCGGUGGUGGUGUUAAGGCUCCGCGUAUAAAGACGAAAAACUUGAUUUCUGUCAUAUUCUGUGAGGCUGUAGCUAUCUAUGGUCUAAUCACUGCCAUUGUAUUGUCUAACUCCGUCGAGGAAUUUGCUGUUGAAAACAUGGAAGAUUCUCGCAAAGCCAGUAACUGGCUGGCUGGUUACAUAAUGUUUGGAUCUGGCCUUGCUGUGGGGCUUGUAAAUCUGGUUUGCGGUAUAGCCGUCGGCAUUGUAGGUUCAGGAGCGGCUCUUUCAGAUGCCGCAAAUGCCUCCCUCUUCGUCAAGAUCCUCAUCAUUGAGAUUUUCGGUUCUGCUAUCGGUCUCUUUGGUUUGAUUGUCGGUAUUUACAUGACGUCAAAGAUUACCAUGGGGUAAUUCUAAAUGCAGAUGUAACAUAUGCCAAAGGUCUUCAACACGGCCACAUGUGGCGUAUAAACGAUAUCAGCAAUUAUGUAUAUACAAAUAUGUGUAUAAAAACGUAUAUAUUACUCAUAUGCAUACACAAACCCAUGAAAUACGUCUCAAUAUAACUUUCAAAUGAAUAUUGUCAUCUUAAACGGUUGAUUUUUAAAGUUGUAACCGCAAACUAAACGCAAAGUUAUCCUCGUGUUAGCUAUAGACUUCGUUUUUAUUUAUUAAACACGGUUUCAAAGUUCAUAAUACAGUCGUAAAAACAUUUCUGCAGUUCUGUAUUCGUUUUAAUUUUUUUGGACUUUGUUACUUAUCUCGGUGUAUUAUAUUUGAUAUAAUAGGAAGGUAUUGAACGUUACUCGGUUUUAAAAUACGCUCCCAUUUUAAAACUGACUAACGUAUCUCUUCACUGUACACUUCGUUAAUAAUAAUUAUUAUUAAAAAAAAAAAAACAAAAAAACAUAUAUAUAUAUAUAUAAUGUUAGAUGGUUUUGUCGCGUUUUAGUCAAUUUUCGUAAUGUAAAUAUUCUAUGCUUUUUCUGAUUUAUCGUAAUUAAAUACCGCGAUUGAUAGGUGCCGCCGCAUUAUAGUAAUUGUAAAUGAAUUUGAAAAAAUUCAAUCAUGCCCCAGUAACUAUUAUUAAUAAUAUUUUUAAUUUAUUAUCAUUUUUAGUUGGUGCCGGACUUUGAUUACUUCUUAUUCUUGUGUAUGUAAAUUUAUUUUUUUCGAUUCCGUUUCUUUGCUAUUUCAUAGCUCCUCCGUUACGUGUAAAUUCAAUUAGCCAGUAAGGAAAGUUACGUAAAGUAUUAUCUGGUAUCAUCUAUAGUCUAUUACCUAAUAAAAUGCAGUGAACCGUAGUGUAAAUAAUGUUAGAUGGAGCUUAGCAAGGUAUGAUGAAUAAAUCGUAUCGUUAGGUAUUAAAUAAUAAAACAACUAAAAUAAGAGCCUCAAAUUCUAUAUUAUACUUUUCAAUUGAGUCCCGAAAUUGAAUAUACUCGCCAGAUUCACAGUAACAACGAAAAAACAAAAAAAGGCAAAUAGAAUCUUUUACGGUGUUUAAAGGUACAAUAAUUCCAUUCAGAUUCAAUUCGUGUAACAAAAAUGUGAAUUACAAAUUCAUAUAUUUAACAUAUAAAUUACAAUGCAAAUAUAAUAAAAUAUAGUCUUUAAUAUUCUAUACAUAAUCACAACAUGCUCUCUGACAAGUAAUUCGACGAUCAUACGUAUACCAGGCUUUCAUUUAUCAUGAGAAUUGAGCUUGACAAAAAUUGUCUGGAAAUUAUGCAUAAAGUAGGAAAACUGUUGUCUUAAUCAAAAUCCCUUGCUGAAUAUCAAUCAAACAAAUUGUUGAAAAUCUAGAAAUAUUUCCAAAAGCAAAUUUCAAGCGAGUUGAAAUUCACUUUUGAUCUUUUUCUUUUCCGGUUAAACCGAAACAAAAUUCUUGUGUA